AUAAGAAUUGGACUAAUAGUUAGCCGAUAAUGAUAGAUAGGGAAUUCAAAAGUUAGAUAAAAUUACAUCCAUUUAGAGUACAUACUACUUAAUUCACAUUUUAAUUGAUAAGCAUAAUGACUAUUUCUUCCAAAUUUAGCCAAUUUAAUGCUCAAAUUAAUAAUUAUGUUAGGAUUAAAAAAAAAAAACAGAGAAAGUAAUAUUAACAGUCGGUCGAAAUACAUAAGUCAAUGAAAUAUAAUAAUCUUCUUUGAACCAAUUCCAUCUUAAUUGGUCCCAUUUGUACAUUUUAGUUCCCUCCUUUUGGCCCCUUCUUAUAUUUAUGCAAUUGCUCACACCACAAAAUAAACAAAACACACAAACACACAUUUUCUCUCUAUCCUCUCAUUCUUUCUUUGUAGAAAUGAUGGAGUGUCGUGGCAACCUAAAAAUUGUAACAUCCCUAGCAUUGGCAUCAACUCUAGUCGUGCUAGCAAAUUGUGCAAUGGAAAACAAAGGUGAAUGCAUGUUUCCAGCAAUCUUUAACUUUGGAGACUCGAACUCGGACACCGGUGGCUUGUCCGCGGCGUUUGGCCAGGCAGGACCGCCUCACGGCGAGACCUUUUUCCACUCACCUGCGGGGAGAUACUGCGACGGCCGCCUUGUCAUUGAUUUCAUUGCACAAAGCUUGGGACUUCCUUAUCUGAGUGCAUUCCUUGAUGCCGUGGGAUCGAACUUCAGCCAUGGGGCCAAUUUCGCAACGGCUGGGUCGACCAUUCGACCACAAAACACAACCCUUCAUCAAAGUGGGUUUAGCCCUAUUUCUUUGAACAUUCAAUUUUACGAAUUCAGUGACUUUCAUCGACGUACCCAAAUUAUUCGUAACAAAGGACAUGUUUUCAAGGAAUUGCUACCAAAGGGAGAAUAUUUCUCUAAGGCUUUGUACACUUUUGAUAUUGGUCAAAAUGACUUAACGGCUGGAUUUUUCCUAAACAUGUCAACUGACGAAGUUAAAGCAAAUGUUCCAGAUGUUUUAGGUCAAUUUACUACUGUUAUUAAGGACAUAUACGAUCAAGGAGGUAGGUAUUUUUGGAUACACAAUACAGGACCAGUAGGAUGCCUACCAUACGUGAUGGACCGAGUGCGAAUCACGGCAGGCCAAGUGGACAAAGUAGGAUGUGCCAGCCCACAAAACGAAGUGGCCCAAUAUUUCAACCGAAAGUUAAAGGAAGUUGUGGUCCACCUAAGAAAAAAGUUAGCCCAUGCUACCUUAACUUAUGUUGAUGUUUAUUCUGUCAAGUACGAUCUCAUUAGCCAUGCUACUAAAUAUGGUUUUGAGCAUCCACUAAGGGCUUGUUGUGGUCACGGAGGAAAAUACAAUUAUAACGAGCACAUUGGUUGUGGAGGGAAGAUAAAUAUCAAGGGCAAACAGAUUUUAGUAGGAAAAGCGUGUAAAGAUCCUUCGGUAUCUAUCAAUUGGGACGGUGUCCAUUACACUGAAGCAGCUAACAAAUGGAUCUUUGAUCGGAUCGUUGAUGGUUCUUAUUCGGAUCCUCCUAUUUCCUUGAAAAAUGCUUGUCAUUAGCUUUGGUUACAUUUUUAUAAUCGUGUACUCUUUCAUGAUUGCGAACGUAGACAAGUAUUGAGUUGGCUUAGUAUGCGAACUCCAAUUAAAUAAUUACUCGGAAUUUGUUCUCAGGUCUUUCAAUUAACUUGGUGUUUAAAUAUUUGAUAUUAACGCAAUGUCAUUCACC